GUAAACAACUGGUUAGAAAAGAAUGCCGCCGCUUUCGUUAGUCGAUGCUCGAACGAACGGACCCAAAGUUGGCAAAAAAAACACGAUUUUUACUAGCAAGCUGUGCAUUUUAAACGCUUAUUUUAACUAGAAACCAAGCAUGGAGCACGAGAAACUUACACAAUUGCCCAUUAGUCGGAUACGAACGGUAAUGAAGACAUCCCCGCUGAUAGGACCAAUCAACCCGGAUGCUCUGUUUCUAAUGUGCCGUGCAGCGGAGUUAUUUAUAGAAUACAUAACAAAACGAGCGCUGAAAAAAGACGUUAAAAAUCUAGAAUACAAACACCUGGCUUCGUACGUGGAAUCGGACGAAGCGCUGGAGUUUUUAGUACAGAUCCUGCCUAAGAAGAUUACCGUCAAGCAGUACAAAAAGAUCAUGGAGGAAAAGAAGCACACCGACGAUGAGGAUGAUAGCGAUAGUGAGGAGGAAAGUAGCGACGAAGAAGAAGCCAGUGAGGACGAAUCCAGCUCGUCCUCGUCGAAUGAAGCAAGCGGUAGCGUUAUUUCCGUCGAUUCGUCCAGCUCCGAAGAGAAGGAAAAUUCCUCGAAGAUGAACAACAGCAAAAAGUCUUUUCCGAAGCACAAGACAGGUGAUUCACCGUAGUGUUAAUUGUUUCUUUUUAACUGUGGCGCUUAAUUCUCAUCAUAUUUAUGUAUUAAAUUUACAUCCCAAUUCAAACAAUUACGGAUUCAAUAUUA